AUGCAUAUAUUCGACAAGGUCGAAUUCAGUAGCGUCAAGCCAUUUGAUAUCAUCAUUGUUGGUGGAGGCGCUGCUGGUAUUGGGGCAGCAAUUGGAGCGAGACAGGCCGCACCUGAUGCCAGAAUUCUCCUUGUUGAGUCGGAGAGCUGUCUCGGCGGCGCGGCCACUCACCGUGGAGUGUGUGCAUAUUGCGGCCUGUUCACUGUGGACGAGAAUCCGAGACAGGCAGUUGGCAGUAUUUGGCUAGAGCUGAAAGAGAGGCUGCGUGCCGUCAAUGGGACAACCGAAUCACCUGUGCGAAUUCGGGGUGUUUUUCAAGUUGUAGAGCCUGAGCCAUUAAAGCUUGUCCUCGAUGAUCUCAUGAACGACUAUAAUAUUGACGUGCUUCUGCACACCACUGUUGUGGGCGCCACUCGAUCAGCAUCGAAUAUGAUCACCAGCGUCGACUUACAAGAACGAAGGGGUCGAUUACAUGUUUCAGCUAAAGCAUUUGUUGACUGCUCUGGCGAUUGUGACUUGGCCUACCUUGCGGGUGCUUCAACGAGAUUUGGAAAUCAUGGUACACUGAAUCUGGGUUCCCUGUCUGCCCGCUUCGGUGGUAUAGAUCCGAAUACGAGGCCAUCUGUAGCUACCUGGAGAGAUGCAAUCAUUUCUGCUAAGAAAAAGAGGCCUGAACUAUGCGAUAUUAUCCCCAAAAACGGGUCAGCACUACUCCAUAUGCCAAUUUCGGGAGACGUGAUUACAUUUCUGCCUUCUGCCUCUUACGACCCAAGGAGCUCAGCGAGCAUUACAGCGGCGGAGAGAUCGGGAAGGAGACAGGCCCAGGAAUACCUACAAAUUCUACGUGCUUUGCCAGGACAUGAGGGGAUGUAUCUGGUCUCUACAGGGCCCAAUUUUGGUACCCGGGAGAGUCGGCAUAUGAACUCGAUGCACCAGCUUAUGGCAGAAGACAUAAUGGAUGAUCGCCGCUUUUCCGAUGUCAUUGCGCUUGGUGCAUGGGGAUUUGAGUUUCACGAUGUAGAGCACGAGAGCUGGGAAAGCACAUUUACGUACCCUCCGAAAGGGAGAUUUGACAUUCCACUUGGAUCACUCAGAAGUAUCGACACGCCAAAUCUGUUUGCCGCUGGAAGGUGUAUAGAUGCAGACCAAAAAGCAAGCAGCGCAGUGCGAGUGAUGGGAACCGCCCUCGCCACAGGACAGGCUGCGGGGGUUGCGGCUGGAUUUGAGGCAAGGAGGGAAUCUAGUGGUGGAUGGGAUGUAUCGCAGGUACAGGAUUGCUUGCGAGCUCAUGGAGCUCUCCUAGACUCGGAUUUGCUGCCAGACGUGGGUCCCAUUGAGCAGAUCUAUUAA